AAUAUGCAUCCAUAGGCAUUAGGCAACGUCAUUUUCCCUAGCAUCAUCCUUUCUCUACAUAUAUAGCUAGCCCAUAGCUGACACCUUCCCUUCAUCGGCAUGCAUAUGUAUGCGUAGAUCACCUACCAUAGUUGGAGUACGUACUACCAUCCAGGGUCUAGGUAUAAUAGCCUAUAGCGAUCGAUGACAUCGAUCGAAGUGGCGGUGGCCGGCGGCAGUGGCAAGAGGACAUGGGUGUCGGACGUGGAGAAGAGGCUGAAUGAGGCGGACAAGUUGGUGGAAGUGUCGCAGUGGGAACGGCACUGCAUCUACCGCGUGCCGGCGUGCAUCAAGGACAUCAAGAGCAAGGCGUACCAGCCGCAGGUGGUGUCGCUGGGCCCGUUCCACCACGGCGACCCCAACCUGGUGCCCAUGGAGGAGCACAAGCGCCGGGCUCUGCGCCACCUGCUCCGGCGCGCUGGCCGGCCUCUCGACGGCUUCGUCGCCGCCGUCGAGGACAUCGCGGAGCAGCUGGAGAGCGCGUACAUGGACCUCGGCGGCGAGUGGCGCGCCGGCAUCGAUGGCAAGGGCAGGGAGCGGUUCCUGGAGAUGAUGAUCGUCGACGGCUGCUUCCUGCUGGAGGUGAUGAGGAGGACAGCCGCCGGGAACUCGAAGCAGGUCGACGACUACGCCGGCAACGACCCCAUCUUCAGCCGCCACGGGAUACUCUACAUGGUGCCCUACAUCAAGCGAGACAUGCUCAUGCUCGAGAACCAGCUGCCGCUGCUCGUGCUCCAGAGGCUCGUCGCCGUAGAGACGGGAAAGCCCCCGAACGACGACUUCAUCAACAGAAUGGUGCUAAGGUUUCUGGCCCCAUUUUCACGGCCGCUGCAACCAGGCGGUCGCCUAGGACUCCACCCACUCGACGUCUUUCGCCGGAGCAUGCUCUUCGGCGAAUACCAGAAGAUCCGGAGCUCGGAGGACAACACGCAGGACAACGACAUCAUCCGGUCGGCGGUGGAGCUCUACGAAGCCGGGAUCCAGUUCAAGACGAGCAAGUCAAGCAGCCUGCACAACAUCCGCUUCAAGCACGGCGUGCUGAGCAUGCCGACGGUGCCCGUGGACGACUCCACCGAGUACAUGUUCCUCAACAUGAUGGCGUUCGAGCGGCUGCACGUCGGCGCCGGGAACGACGUGACGGCCUACGUCUUCUUCAUGGACAACAUCAUCGACUCGGCCAAGGACGUGGCGCUGCUGAGCUCCAAGGGGAUCAUCCAGAACGCCGUGGGCAGCGACAAGGCCGUGGCCAAGCUGUUCAACAGCAUCUCCAGGGACGUGGUGCUGGAGCCGGACAGCGCGCUCGACGCCGUGCAGAGGCAGGUGAACGGCUACUUCAGGCAGCCGUGGAACAUGUGGCGUGCCAACCUCAUCCACACCUACUUCAGGAGCCCGUGGGCGUUCCUCUCCCUCGCUGCCGCCGUCUUCCUCCUCGUCAUGACCAUCAUGCAGACCGUCUACACGGUGAUGCCGUACUAUCGGGACAGCAACAGUCCGCCGGCGGCUCCAUCUCCCAUGUGAUCCGUCCGCAACAACUUACCUGCCUGCGUGAACCCGAUUUCUAUUGCUUUCCGAGUCCUUGUUGCUGCUUCGUUACCAAGCUUUUGGGUUGUGUGCACUGUGCAAAAGCGCGGGGUGGCGUGUUUGUGCUGUGUUCGUCUUGAUUGAAUUUCCUUUUCAGUUUGGUGCUCCGACAGUGAACAUUUGCUUGUGCAGAUCUGGAGAUUUAUGGCAUACAGUGCACUACUACUCCUUCCAAGUUCCUAAAUAUAAGUAUUUUUAAUUUUUUUA